AUUCACGUCUUCGAUAUAUGUUAAGUAACAACUGUCUUAACUUUCAUUAUAUCAUCGGUAUUUUUUGAAAUAAACUAAUCUGAUAAUGAUACUAUUAAUACUGCUUCUACGAGUAUUAAUCAUUAUAUAGAAGCAAAUCCCGCUGUUAUUAUCUGGUAACAUAGAGACUUGCGCUGAUUGGCUACUUUUAUUGUGCUUGGUUUAUUCCGAAGCAACCAUUCUUUACAUGUGACCACACCCUAAGAUGGUAGUUUAACAUAAAUUUCGUACUUUAUCUAUGCUCAGCUCAAAAUUGUCGUUUUUAAUAUUUAAGGGUUAUGUAUGUGUUUAUAGUAAAUAUAAAAUGUUUUAAAAAACAUUAAAAAUAGGAAAUCGUACGUUGAACAUAAAUAAAAUGUUUGAAAUAGAAGUAAUUAAUGAAGAGCAAAAAAACGUCAUUACGUUUGCUGCUGAAGAAGUAGAUACUAUAUGUCGAUCCUGCCUCAAUAAAGACGCAACUAUAAAUUUAUUUGAAAGUUCAUAUAAGGGGACACUUUUAUGUGAAAUAUUCCAUUCUUUAUUUGCACAGCUCAAUCAACGAGAUAGUUUACCUAGAAAUAUCUGUGACAAAUGUGUCGAUAUGCUUACACAAUUUUGUGCAUUUAAAGAACAAAUCAUACAAUCGCAAACCUUACUAGAAUUAUUUUUUGGAGACCCAACGAAAGUAGAUGAAUCAAUAAACAAAAAUAAUGUGAAGUUUAAUGAAGAGAAAUAUGCCUUUGACAAAUAUAGUGAUGAUAUAUAUGAUGUUGAUGAAAUGGAAGUGUUAGAAGUUAAUAAUUCACACAACAAAGCAGUUGCCCCUUACAAGGUACAUAAAGAAGAGAAGGACGACGUCAAAGAGGAAGUUGUUUAUGAUCCGGAUUUUGAAAGUGUUUUUUUGAAAGAGGUAAUUGUUGAACACAACGAAAUAACAGACGAGCCUGAAAUUAAACUCGAAGUAAAAGAGUACAUGUGUAGUUUUUGUGGUGAAAAAUUUUAUGAUGUUUCCAAGUACAGAAGACACAGACAAAUGGAAAUAUUUAGAAGGCGUGCGAAAAAGAUAUGCCAUAUUUGCAGCAAGGAAGUGCUUUCUUGUAAAUUACCAGAACAUUUAAAUUCCCAUGCAGAGAAAAAACCAUAUCCCUGUGAUUCUUGUAGCAUGAAAUUUUCAAGAAAAGAAAAUUUAGCCAGACACCAAUAUACACACACAGAAGUAAAACCUCAUAUGUGUCACAUAUGUGGGAAGGGUUUUAUUCAAGAACUGGCCUUUAACAAUCAUCUUCGUAAACAUAAUGAUAUAGCACCGCUUGUAUCCCAAUAUUGUGGAAGGAAAUUCACAAACAAACAAGCGUUUGAACGACAUUUAAAAUUACAUGAGAAAAAUCCAGAGAUGCGCUGUAAAGAAAGAAAAUGCACACAAAAAUAUGUAUAUUCAAAAUAUAUAUGUGAAUAUUGUGAAAAAGAGUUCAAGAACAAACAAAUUCUAGAUAUCCAUAUAAGAAGUCACACUGGUGAAACGCCAUAUGUAUGUUCAAUGUGUGAUAAAGGAUUUACAACAAAGCAAAUGUUGGAUUUUCAUAUAAGACGUCACACAGGGGAUAGGCCAUUCGUGUGCUCUAUUUGUGGAAGCAAGUUCAUCCAAAAUGCCCAUUUAAAAACUCACUUACACUUGCACAAAGGCGAAAAACCUUAUAGUUGUACCUACUGUGACAAAAAGUUUGCUCUGAAAGGCAACCUUGGUCAACAUAUUAAAACGCAUACAGGCGAUAGACCUUAUGUUUGUAACUUAUGUGGUAAAGGUUUCUGUACUGGGAGUAGUUUGAGGAAGCAUAAAACAAUCCACAAUAAAAAAUAGAUGAUUUUUUUACAAUAAAUUCUUCAUGUAC